GUUUCUAUCCUCCUCUUGUUUUCACUCUCGCACUAACACAAAUUCAUCAAAACUCUCUCUGCUUUUUUCGUUUCUUUUUUGGGUUUUGUUGUUUUCCUUUCGAUCGAUAAAUGCAAGAAAAUUCUCGUUGUUUCUGUUCUUUUUGGAUAUAAACAAGAAGAGAGGGAGAAGAAGAAAAGUAGUGGAUACUGGGAUUGAUAAACAGGAAAAUGGUUGAUGUGGUUGCAGGAGAUGAUGAUGAUAUGGUGGAGAUGAGAAUCGUCGUAGUUCAUGGAUAUCCCUCUUGCUUUACUUUCCUUGACGCUUGUCCCCAAAGCAUUUUGAUGGAGGGGAGAUCUUGUGGAGAUUGAUAUGAUCAUAUGAUGAAGGCGUUCAUAAGCUUGUUUUGUUGAAUUGUUUUAUUGCGAAAUGGAAAUAUUCUACCUACCAGCCACAGAACCUACCAUGGAGAUGAGCUGAAAUGGGAGAUUCCCUUCUCACAGCCCUGUCAAUGGAGAAUCAUCACCCAUCCACCUUGUUAUCUAUGGACUCAAGUGCUUCCUCUCACGAGGAAUUGGACUUGGAAAUGAACCGGCAGAUCAUUCUUUCGCGUCCACCGGAUAUCAAUUUGCCCCUUUCAGCAGAGCGUAGCCCACCUCCACAGCCAUGGAACUCAGAGUCAUGUGAUAUUUUAGAUGUUGGGCUCAGCUCACAAGUUUAUGAGACUGAGAGUUAUAUCAGUAUCCCCAAGGUUGGGAGAAAAUGCGCCAAGCGGGUUGAUAGCAUUUGGGGUGCUUGGUUUUUCUUUAGCUUCUAUUUUAGGCCUGCGUUGAAUGAGAAAUCUAAGGCCAAAGUUAUCCGCGACAGCAAUGGAGUUUCGGGGUUUGAAAAAUCCGAUGUCAGACUUGAUGUUUUUUUGGUGCAACAUGAUAUGGAGAACAUGUACAUGUGGGUUUUCAAGGAAAGGCCUGAGAAUGCACUGGGAAAGAUGCAGCUGAGAAGCUACAUGAAUGGGCAUUCUCGCCAAGGGGAGCGGCCAUUUCCUUUCAGUGCAGAUAAGGGAUUUGUCCGAUCUCACAGGAUGCAAAGGAAGCACUACAGGGGACUUUCAAACCCUCAGUGUCUUCAUGGUAUUGAACUUGUUCCAUCUCCCAAUCUCAUGACUCUUGAUGAGGACGAACAGAAAAGGUGGAUGGAACUUACAGGAAGAGACUUGAAUUUCAGUAUUCCACCUGAAGCUAGUGACUUCAGUUCAUGGAGAAACCUUCCAAACACAGAUUUUGAGCUCGAGAGGCCUCUUCCAAUAAAGAGUGCCCCAAAUUCUCACUCAAAGAAACUGCUCAACGGUUCUGGACUUAAUUUGUCAACUCAGCCGACAAGCCACAGCAAUGGUGAUGGAAUGGAUCUAUCACCAGUAAGCAGUAAAAGGAGGAAGGACUUCUUUCCACAUGGUAAUGGUGAUGAUGAUUGUUACCUAGCAGUGAAUCCUCCAUCUGAUAGGAUCUCUGACAUGGAAAUUCACACCCGUGAGCCUCACUGGUUAAAUGAAUUCAGUGGGGUGAUGAAGAAUGUACAUGGGCCUGUUACUGCUGCAAAAACAAUCUAUGAGGAUGAUAGUGGUUAUUUGAUCAUCAUCAGCUUGCCAUUUGUGGACCUCCAGAAUGUGAAGGUUUCAUGGAGGAACACUCCCACACGUGGUAUUAUAAAGGUCUCUUGUGUGAGCAUAUCUCGCAUGCCUUUCAUCAAGAGACAUGAUAGGACAUUCAAGCUUACAGAUCCAGCUUCCGAGCACUGCCCUCCUGGUGAAUUUGUAAGAGAAAUUCCUCUUUCAACUAGGAUUCCUGAGGAUGCUAAUGUAGAAGCUUAUUAUGAUGGACCAGGAUCAGUGCUAGAGAUUAUGGUGCCAAAGCUACGUAUUGGACCUGAAGAACAUGAGGUUCGUGUUUGCCUUCGUCCUCACCUUGGGGGAAAUGACCUUAUGUUGACCUGAAUAACUAAUUAAGAAUUUUGAAUUUUGAGGGUAGUUGUGCUUCAUUCCUUAACUUGCUUGUGUACCAUACUUUGAACCCAUGAAGAAAAGAAACUGGCAUUUAUGAUUUCCCUUGUUAAAUCUUUUUGCUUGCUAACUGCUGUGGGUUUGACUGUAGGUAUGAUUAGUUUGGGAAAACCUCAAUUACAUUUAUUUAUAUGAAGUUACAAUCACAAUUUAUUUGA